AUGUCUGCUGCUGGCACCCGUGUCCUCAAGCAUUGCACUGUGCCUCACACUAUGGGAAUCUGUGAGAACUGCCCCCUUGGAGAAUACGCCCUUAAAAAUGGACUGGCCACCUGCAGACAGUGUGCCCAGUGCAGAAGAGAUGAAGUGAUGGUGAAGCCCUGUUACGGGGGUACAAAUACUGAAUGCCACUGUAAAGAAGGAUACUAUUGUGAGGCCACAAGCUGUGAGGCAUGCUGGCGCUGCACUGAGAGGUGCCCGGAGGGAAAGCACAUUCUUCAACCAUGCAAUGCCACAGCUAACACACUGUGUGGAGUAUCCAGCACAGGAGUACACAGUUCACUUUGGAGUCUGAUGCUUUUGGUUGUCAUUCCCAUUACGGGGAACUUGCUGGGCUUAUAGACGCUGCAUGAGGAAACAGUAUUGGAUUAAUGCUGUAAUGAUUGGAAUGACGCCACCUACUGGAGACUUGCUGUGGAGAGCUCCACCAUG